AUGGCUUCCUCCAUUGACAUUGCGGAGAUCAGAAAAGCACAACGGGCACAAGGUCCAGCCACCAUUCUUGCCAUCGGCACUGCAACUCCUUCCAACUGUAUCUAUCAAGCAGAUUAUCCGGAUUACUAUUUUCGGAUCACCAACAGCGAACACAUGGUUGAUCUCAAAGAGAAAUUCAAGCGCAUGUGUGACAAGUCUAUGAUCAGAAAGCGAUACAUGCACAUCACGGAGGAGUUUCUGAAAGAGAACCCCAACAUGUGCGAAUACAUGGCUCCAUCCCUUGACGCUCGCCAGGAUGUGGUGGUCGUUGAAGUCCCCAAGCUUGGCAAAGAAGCCGCCACAAAAGCCAUCAAAGAAUGGGGCAACGCCAAAUCCAAGAUCACUCAUCUCAUCGUCUGCACCACCUCCGGUGUCGACAUGCCUGGUGCCGACUACCAGAUCACCAAGCUCCUCGGCCUCCGCCCCUCUGUAAAACGUUUCAUGAUGUACCAACAAGGGUGUUUCGCYGGAGGCACGGUUCUACGUCUCGCCAAGGACAUCGCGGAGAACAACAAGGGUUCUCGCGUUCUUGUGGUUUGCUCUGAGAUUACAGCGGUCACCUUUCGUGGCCCUAACGACACCCACCUUGAUUCCCUCGUAUGCAUCAAUAAAUUUGAUGUGUAUGAGAUCAAUUACAGGAGCAAAGGUUUUGCCAAAGACGAUGACCUAGUCGAUCAACUUCAAACAUGCAGAGAAACAUGA